AAAAAAAAAAAAAGGGCAAAAAAUGAAAAAAAUAAAACACCCCAAAAAAAAGGAGAAAAAGAAAAAAAAAACACCAAACAAACGAGAGGGGAGCAGAUAAACAGAGGGCUCCCACCAACAAAAGAAAAGAAAAGAAAAGAAAAGAAAAGAAAAGAAAAAAAAGAGAAAAGAAAAGAAGGAAAGCGGAGCGAGGGGAGCUGCGGGGGGCGAGCGGGCCGGGCGGGCGGGGAGCGGCUCCUGCCCGGGUCCGCGGAAAGAAAAGAAAGGAAGGAAGGGAGGAAAGAAAGGAGGAAAGAAAGAAAGAAAGGAGGAAAGAAAGAAAGAAAAGAAAGAAAGAAAAGAAAGAAAGAGAAAGAAAGAAAGAAAGAAAGAAAGAAAGAAAGAAAGAAAGAAAGAAAGAAAGAAAGAAAGAAAGAAAGAAAGAAAGAAAGAAACCGCGGUUUCCCCGACGGGCUCCAAACGGAGCCCGACCCGGCCCGGUACGGCUCCAAACCGGCCCCGACCCGGUGA